AAUAAAAGGUCAAUGUUUAUAAAGGAAAUACUGACAUUAGCUUCGGCCGCUGUCCUGUAGCUACGAGACGCUCCACCUUCAAAUGAAACCAGGGGACGACAUGGAAACCAAUCAUUCAUGUGUCAGAGUCUGUGUUUGUCACUGAGUCUGAAGAUGACGACGGAAAAGUCCCGACUAUAAAUACCUGGAGUCUACCUGAGCAGGUGAAAGCAGAGGCUCCUGGGAGCAACGAGCAUCCAGGACUCAGCUGUUCUACAGCGUUAAUUAAAAACACACGGAAACCUGACGCUGCACAGUCCCACCACAGAAGAAGAAGAAGACGGAGUCGUGAUCUGCAGCAGUUUAAGGACCAGGAACCAGAUAUGAGACCAGGAACCAGAUAUGAGACCAGGAACCAGGAACCAGAUAUGAGACCAGAACCAGAUAUGAGACCAGGAACCAGAUAUGAGACCAGAACCAGAUAUGAGACGUUCAUUCAUCUGGAUUUAACAGGAGUUGAACUUCAGGGGUUCCAGGUGUUUCAAAGAGUCAGUAAAGGCCUAAAGUCCUCAUGGGACCAGGUCUUCUCAGAGUUCUGGUUCUGGUCUGUAGAGGUUCUAGAGUAGAAUGGGAGGCAGAGCCUUCAGCUAUGAGGAUCCUCUCCAGUCUGGGUCCAGGUGUCCAGGUGUCCAGGAGGACAGGAUGAGUCGGUGGCGGCGCUCCGUGGACGAGAUGGCGGCGAGGCGGAGACAACUGUGCGAGUGUGAGCGCGCUCAGUUCGCUCUGAGUCGGGUCACUUCCUGUUUCCAGCAGCUGGCGGCGUCUCUCGGAGGAUCAGCUGACGGUAGCUUCCUGAGGGACGAGAUGGACGAGACGAGGGCCCUGGCCCAGCGCAUCUGUACCGGCCUGUGCCGCCGUCUGCUGCGUCUCCUGUCAGACUGUGAGUCCGUGUCCUCUGGUGUGGAGGACAGACGGGUGUCUGAGCGUCUCUGGGUCCUCUUCCUGUCGGGGUUGGAGACCUUCCUGUCAGACCUGCGUAAGGCCCGCGAUCUGAUUGGACAGUUCCCUCUGAUGCAGCGCCAGGACCGACGCUCAUUGGUCAACACAGGGUGCACCGAUGGAGUGGUGGGGGUCACGGCUCGGGUGGCUUUGGUCCAGGUACCGUGGAUCACGUUGGAGGAGGAGCCGAGUCUGGACCUGACCAAUCACAUCGCUGGGCUGGAGGCGACGCUGAGCGAGAUGCAACUCAGGGUUCCGGUUGCGUUCUGGUGCGUGGAGGCCACCCAGCCUCCCUGGUCUGAGGCGCUGGGGGACGUGGACGAACCGGACCAGGACCUGGAGGACCUGAUGGACGUGGAGGACAACAAGAUGGCCGCCUGCUGUGGACUGGGACGUGUCUGCUAGAGACGUCUCCUCCUCAGAGCGAAUUCAUAUUAAAAUAGUAAAUAACAGUAAAUAACAGUAAAUAACAGUAAAUAACAGUAAAUAAACAGUAAAUAACAGUAAAUAACAGUAAAUAAACGUGGUUAGAGACUCGACCCUCGUUCACCAACGUCCUGAAACUAUUUAUUUAUUUAUUUAUUAUUUUUAUUUAUUUCUCUUUAUUCAGUUAUUGGACUCGUGUCUUUUCCUUCAUUCGUCCUUUAUUCUCUGAUGUUUUUACACCGUGUGGACAC